UUGCAUGCAACUCCCUAAGAGGGAGAGGCGAGCGUGUCCUCCCUCUCUCGCAGCCGCCAGCGUCUUGAGCCACCGCGGACCUGCUUUUCACACCUCCGACACCCUCCCUCCCUUCUUCCCCGCCACUCCCUCCAAGAGAGAGAGAAAAGGAGAAGGAAAGAGAAAUAUUCUGGAAUUUGAACCUUUCCAAAGAGGAAACAUACCCAGCAAACUCAGUUGAUUAAACAUCAAACAAACAAACAGAUCCCAAAUCUUCUGUUCAACUGGAAAGGUCUUUCUCUGGAGUCCUGAGAGGCAGGUUAUGGGCAGGACUGCCAGCGGCCCGCACCAUGAAGUCUGAACCUGCUCCGGCUCUGCCCUGGGCCCUCCUCUGCCUGAGCACUCAGCUUUGGGCUGCCCUGCUCCUGGCAGCCCCCCGCUGCUAGGAGGUAAAACUUCAGGACCGGUCUUUGGCCUGUUUUUGCCUUUCACCUGGCUCACCUCACAGCUCACGCCUCCUCCAUCACGGCACCCCCAGCCCAGCCCUCUCCCCGGCCUCCCCGGCUGGGGCAUUUGGGGGCCCUUUGGAAGGAGUGCAGUGCUGAAGGCCUGCUGUGGACCUUCCUCUCCUUGAAUCAAGGCCUCCAGAUCCACAUGGAUAGCUGAGAUCUUUUCUUGGAGAAAGACACUUUGCUCCUCACUCUAGUCCCACACUUUUCCCACCUGACUUUCCUCCUCUUCUGCUGCCCUAUCUUUGCCCUCUGCUUCCUUACUGCACCCAUUUGGGGCCAUCUUGUUCACUUUCUUUCUUUCUUACCCUCUGGACAUCUGUGCGUGUGUCUCCUUCCUUUUGUGUGCUCUCUGUCCCCCACCCCCACCCACCCGCCUCCUCUUCCUCUCUUUCCUCCCGCUGCCAAGGGGGAUCGUCCCUGACAGUUCGCUCCUCCUGCCUCAGUCCUGGUGGUCACAAUGAGCUUCACCGCUCACUCGGUUUUCUUCACCCUGAAGGUGAGCGUCCUGCUGGGGUCACUGCUGGGGCUCUGCCUGGGCCUCGAGUUCAUGGGCCUCCCCAACCAGUGGGCCCGCUACCUGCGCUGGGAUGCCAGCACACGCAGCGAUCUGAGCUUCCAGUUCAAGACCAAUGUAUCCACGGGGCUGCUCCUUUACCUGGACGAUGGCGGCGUCUGCGACUUCCUCUGCCUUUCCCUGGCAGAUGGCCGCGUGCAGCUCCGCUUCAGCAUGGACUGUGCAGAGACCACUGUGCUGUCUAACAAGCAGGUGAACGACAGCAGCUGGCACUUCCUCAUGGUGGGCCGGGACCACCUGCGCACGGUGCUGGUGGUUGACGGUGAGGGCCAGGCAGGCGAGCUGCAGCACCAGCGGCCCUACAUGGAGGUGGUCAGUGACUUGUUCCUGGGCGGUGUCCCUGCAGACAUACGGCCUUCUGCCCUGACCCUUGAUGGAGUACAGGCCAUGCCCGGCUUCAGAGGAUUAAUCCUGGAUCUCAAGUAUGGCAACUCAGAGCCUCGGCUUCUGGGGAGCCAAGGUGUCCAGUUGGAUGCUGAGGGGCCCUGUGGUGAGCGUCCCUGUGAAAACGGUGGAAUCUGCUUUCUCCUGGAUGGCCAUCCCACCUGUGACUGUUCCACCACUGGCUACGGUGGCAAGCUCUGCUCAGAAGAUGUCAGUCAAGGUCCAGGCCUUUCCCACCUCAUGAUGAGUGAACAAGGUAGAAGUAAAGCUCGAGAGGAGAACGUGGCCACGUUCCGAGGCUCAGAGUACCUGUGCUAUGACCUGUCUCAGAACCCGAUCCAGAGCAGCAGUGACGAAAUCACCCUGUCCUUUAAGACCUGGCAGCGGAAUGGGCUCAUCCUGCACACGGGCAAGUCGGCUGAUUAUGUCAACCUGGCUCUGAAGGAUGGCGCGGUCUCCUUGGUCAUUAACCUGGGGUCCGGGGCCUUCGAGGCCAUUGUGGAGCCAGUGAAUGGAAAAUUCAACGACAACGCCUGGCACGAUGUCAAAGUGACACGCAACCUCCGGCAGGUGACCAUCUCUGUGGAUGGCAUCCUUACCACGACGGGCUACACUCAAGAGGACUACACCAUGCUGGGCUCAGAUGACUUCUUCUACGUGGGAGGAAGCCCAAGUACCGCUGACUUGCCCGGCUCACCCGUCAGCAACAACUUUAUGGGCUGCCUCAAAGAGGUUGUUUAUAAGAAUAAUGACAUCCGUCUGGAGCUGUCUCGCCUGGCCCGGAUUGGAGACACCAAGAUGAAGAUCUAUGGGGAAGUUGUAUUCAAGUGUGAGAAUGUGGCCACGCUGGACCCCAUCAACUUCGAGACCCCAGAGGCGUACAUCAGCUUGCCCAAAUGGAACACCAAGCGCAUGGGUUCCAUCUCCUUUGACUUCCGCACCACUGAGCCCAACGGCCUAAUCCUCUUCACUCAUGGCAAGCCCCAAGAGAGGAAGGAUGCUCGGAGCCAGAAGAACACCAAGGUGGACUUCUUUGCCGUGGAACUCCUCGAUGGCAACCUGUACCUGCUGCUUGACAUGGGCUCAGGCACCAUCAAAGUGAAGGCCACUCAGAAGAAAGCCAACGAUGGGGAAUGGUACCAUGUGGACAUCCAGCGAGAUGGCAGAUCAGGUACCAUAUCAGUGAACAGCAGGCGCACACCAUUCACUGCCAGCGGGGAGAGUGAGAUCCUGGACCUGGAGGGGGACAUGUACCUGGGCGGGCUGCCAGAGAACCGUGCUGGCCUCAUCCUCCCCACAGAGCUCUGGACUGCCAUGCUCAACUAUGGCUAUGUGGGCUGCAUCCGUGACCUGUUCAUCGACGGGCGCAGCAAGAACAUCCGGCAGCUGGCGGAGAUGCAGAACGCUGCGGGUGUCAAGUCCUCAUGUUCACGGAUGAGUGCGAAGCAGUGCGACAGCUACCCCUGCAAGAACAAUGCUGUGUGCAAGGAUGGCUGGAACCGCUUCAUCUGCGACUGCACGGGCACAGGCUACUGGGGAAGGACCUGUGAAAGGGAGGCGUCCAUCUUGAGCUACGAUGGCAGCAUGUACAUGAAGAUCGUCAUGCCCAUGGUCAUGCACACUGAGGCAGAGGAUGUGUCCUUCCGCUUCAUGUCCCAGCGAGCUUAUGGGCUGCUGGUGGCUACUACUUCCAGGGAUUCUGCGGACACCCUGCGUUUGGAGCUGGAUGGGGGGCGUGUCAAGCUCAUGGUUAACUUAGGCAAAGGACCUGAGACCCUGUAUGCGGGGCAGAAGCUCAAUGACAAUGAAUGGCACACCGUUCGGGUGGUGCGGAGAGGAAAAAGCCUUAAAUUAACUGUGGACGAUGAUGUGGCUGAGGGUACAAUGGUGGGGGACCAUACCCGCUUGGAAUUCCACAACAUUGAAACUGGGAUCAUGACUGAGAAACGCUACAUCUCCGUUGUCCCCUCGAGUUUCAUUGGGCACUUGCAGAGUCUCAUGUUCAAUGGCCUGCUCUACAUCGACUUGUGCAAAAAUGGCGACAUUGAUUACUGUGAGCUGAAGGCUCGCUUUGGACUGAGGAACAUCAUUGCUGACCCUGUCACCUUUAAGACCAAGAGCAGCUACCUGAGCCUGGCCACCCUCCAGGCGUACACCUCCAUGCACCUCUUCUUCCAGUUCAAGACCACCUCAGCUGAUGGCUUCAUUCUCUUCAACAGUGGUGACGGCAAUGACUUCAUUGCAGUUGAGCUGGUCAAGGGGUACAUACACUAUGUGUUCGACCUCGGGAAUGGCCCCAACGUGAUCAAGGGUAACAGUGACCGCCCCCUGAAUGACAACCAGUGGCACAAUGUCGUCAUCACCCGAGACAACAGUAACACCCACAGCUUGAAAGUGGACACCAAAGUGGUCACUCAGGUUAUCAAUGGCGCCAAAAAUCUGGAUUUGAAAGGUGACCUCUAUAUGGCGGGUCUGGCCCAAGGUAUGUACAGCAACCUUCCAAAGCUGGUGGCUUCCCGGGAUGGCUUUCAGGGCUGUCUGGCAUCAGUGGAUUUGAAUGGGCGUCUGCCAGACCUCAUCAACGAUGCCCUCCAUCGGAGUGGACAGAUCGAGCGUGGCUGUGAAGGACCAAGUACCACCUGCCAGGAAGAUUCAUGUGCCAACCAGGGGGUCUGCAUGCAGCAGUGGGAAGGCUUCACCUGUGACUGUUCCAUGACCUCGUAUUCUGGAAACCAGUGCAAUGAUCCUGGCGCUACGUACAUCUUUGGGAAGAGCGGAGGCCUCAUCCUCUACACGUGGCCAGCCAAUGACAGGCCCAGCACCCGCUCCGACCGCCUUGCCGUGGGCUUCAGCACCACCGUGAAGGACGGCAUCUUGGUGCGCAUCGAUAGUGCUCCUGGCCUGGGUGACUUCCUCCAGCUUCAUAUAGAACAGGGGAAAAUUGGAGUUGUCUUCAAUAUUGGCACAGUUGACAUUUCCAUCAAAGAGGAGAGAACCCCUGUAAAUGAUGGUAAAUACCACGUGGUGCGCUUCACCAGGAAUGGCGGCAAUGCCACACUUCAGGUGGACAACUGGCCAGUGAAUGAGCACUACCCCACAGGCAACACUGAUAAUGAACGCUUCCAAAUGGUAAAACAGAAAAUCCCCUUCAAAUAUAACCGGCCCGUAGAGGAGUGGCUGCAGGAAAAAGGACGGCAGUUAACCAUCUUCAACACCCAGGCGCAAAUAGCCAUUGGCGGAAAAGACAAAGGACGUCUCUUCCAAGGCCAGCUCUCUGGGCUCUAUUAUGAUGGUUUGAAAGUACUGAACAUGGCGGCUGAGAACAACCCCAAUAUUAAAAUCAACGGAAGUGUCCGGCUGGUGGGAGAAGUCCCGUCAAUCUUGGGAACAACACAGACGACCUCCAUGCCACCAGAAAUGUCUACCACUGUCAUGGAAACCACCACUACAAUGGCUACUACUACAACCCGCAAAAAUCGCUCUACAGCAAGCAUUCAGCCAACAUCAGAUGACCUUGUUUCAUCUGCUGAAUGUUCAAGCGAUGACGAAGACUUCGUUGAAUGUGAGCCGAGUACAGGAGGUGAAUUAGUUAUCCCUCUUCUUGUAGAAGACCCUUUAGCUACCCCUCCUAUUGCUACUCGUGCACCUUCCAUUACACUCCCCCCUACCUUCCGUCCCCUCCUCACCAUUAUUGAGACCACCAAAGAUUCCCUGUCCAUGACCUCUGAGGCGGGGUUACCUUGCUUGUCGGACCAAGGCAGCGAUGGUUGUGAUGAUGAUGGCUUGGUGAUAUCUGGGUAUGGCUCAGGGGAAACCUUUGACUCUAACCUGCCCCCUACUGAUGAUGAAGAUUUUUACACCACCUUCUCCUUGGUAACAGAUAAGAGUCUUUCCACUUCAAUCUUCGAAGGUGGCUACAAAGCACAUGCGCCCAAGUGGGAAUCCAAGGACUUUAGACCUAACAAAGUCUCCGAAACUAGUAGGACUACUACCACAUCUUUGUCCCCUGAGCUGAUCCGCUUCACAGCUUCCUCCUCGUCUGGGAUGGUGCCCAAAUUGCCAGCUGGCAAAAUGAAUAACCGUGAUCUCAAACCCCAGCCUGAUAUAGUCUUGCUUCCGUUGCCCACUGCCUAUGAGCUAGACAGCACCAAACUGAAGAGCCCACUAAUUACUUCCCCCAUGUUCCGUAAUGUGCCCACAGCAAACCCCACGGAGCCGGGAGUCAGACGGGUUCCGGGGGCCUCAGAGGUGAUCCGGGAGUCGAGCAGUACAACAGGGAUGGUCGUCGGCAUUGUGGCUGCUGCCGCCCUCUGCAUCUUGAUCCUCCUGUACGCCAUGUACAAGUACAGGAACAGGGACGAGGGGUCCUAUCAAGUGGACGAGACGCGGAACUACAUCAGCAACUCGGCCCAGAGCAACGGCACGCUCAUCAAGGAGAAGCAGCAGAGCUCGAAGAGCGGCCACAAGAAACAGAAAAACAAGGACAAGGAGUAUUAUGUAUAAAAACAACACCGCCAACCAUUACGUGAAUUUAUGACACAAUUAUUUCUAUAGAAAUCUAUAAAUACUUGGAAAAUGAGAUUUCACAGAUGUCAGAACUGUUACAACUAUGAGAUGGGGUGUACCAUGACCAUGGUGGGGAAAACCAUUUUUAAAAGGACACACACAAGGAUGUACCUACCUAUAAUGUUCAGCCAUGGCUGCUUUGAUUCAGUCAUCGCUCGGAGACAGAACAUUCCUUCUGCCCUGCUGUAUCAUAAAGCACACACUUUGCGCUCUGGAGCAACCAGAUGUCCCCCCCACUUUCGCAGACUUGGAAGCUUCCUUCUCUUGAGGACUUUCACCCAGGGUAGAAGACUUCAUGGCUUACUUGUUCCAUAACUCCAAGUGAGUCUGUAAUGAUGUUUGUGAAGCUUGACUGUAACAAUCUGUAACAAUGUUUUCCUUUUAUUUUUGUUUGGUUUAAUUAUGUAAAAAAAAAAAAAAAAAAAAAAUGAAAAAAUGAAAAACAAAAGCAAACAAACAAAACCCACCCUUAUCUGGUUUUGGACAGUGUACGUGUAACUUUUCAAGAUCUGAGGGGAAAAAUGGCUUUUGGGUUUUUGUUUAUUUUUUGAGAAUGGACAUGAGAAGAAAAAAACAAACAAAAAACUCAGAAAACAAAAGUAAGAGAGACUAUUACCAUAUGAACUCAAAAGCUACCAUGGUGUUCACUCUACAUAUCAGGUUGUGGUAUUUCUAGAAUCUGUUGUUUGUUUCCUAUAUGAUGCUUUGCUGAAACACAUAGCAAAAUCACAUAUGGAUGAUAGUAUUGAUUUGAAAAGCUGGUCCCUCAGGAUCUAAUUGCAGAAUUUACCACCCAAACCCUGAGUAGAUGGGGUAAGGGCUGGUUUUAUCAGAGCUAUUGGCUUUACUUAACAAUAUUGUUCCUGUUCAUUAGCCCAGCCAAAUUGUGGUAAAGGAGAAAGCCCCACAAACUAACACAGAGCCUUUCCUAGGGAAGGUGAAGAGGGGGUGGGCUGGAUCUGCGAGUGAUUGAGAUGCAUGCAAAUAUAAAAAGACAAGACAAUACUAAACGUCUGCUAAAGAAUCAAAACAGACAAUAGGGGAGUUCACUGUGUGAUGGAACCACAAAAGGUCACACAAGCCAAACAUGGCAUGACAGAGUGCAAAAUACAUAGUUCUUCCCCCGCCCCCAACAUGAUGUUUUUCAUAGUGGUUUAAUUUUGUAGCCUGACGCUGACGGAUAACUCUGUCCUUCCAUUUGCUCACAUCUCCCUUCACCCAUCUUUUCUAAAAACAAAUAAAUAAAUAAUAAAUUAAUAAAGCUGCUGUGACACACAAAAAAGGAAUUUAAUAGUAUAAUAUAUAUAUAAAUAAAUAUAUAUACAGAUAUAUUUAUCAAGGUAUGUUUGAUGGGAUGACUGAAACAGGAAAACUGUUAAAGUCUUGAAGUGGAAUGAGAAUGUUGUUUUAAAAGACAAUAACAAAACAACAAAAAAGCAAACCUUAAAAUGUGAAGAAAGUGUGAGUUUUAGUUUUGUCACAGUUAACUGUGUCAAAGAGAAUAAACAAUCUUCUCAGAUUUUGUUUACAUAUUUUCCUACAUUUUUGCUGGUAUAAUUCCUUAGCCACCUAUGUACAUACUGCUUUAAGAACUGUUCUUUCCUUUCUAUCUGUUUAUUUCUGUUUGUUUGGUUUAGAUUCCAGUUGUCUGUCUUUCUUUUUGAAAAGAGGAAACAAUGUACAGAAAAAACAAUACUCUGGUUGUGUGGCCAUAGCUAUCCAAAAGCAAGAAACAAAGACAAAUAUUCACACAAAAAUGAAGUAUGUCUUCUGGAGGGUCAGAUAUAUACAAUUUCUUUUGUACAGAUGAAAAUCAAACAGCUGUUUAGAUUUAGAAAUCUACUCUUGCUGGUCUUUGUAAGUUGCAUGAAUAUUUGACUUUGAAAAAUAUCUUAAAGACACGGGGCAAAAAGCGCAAUCUAAACAAUGGUAGGCCUUUACUAAUAUGUACGGAAAGAGGUGUUCCUCAUUAUCUGAUAUUUCAAUGUGUUAAGAGUUUUGGAUUUUCUGUUGUCAUUAAAAACGACAGGAUUAUAAAGAGAUAUCAAAGCACGAUUUUAGAUAACUCAAAUGGCCCAACCUAUAUGAAGUUGAUUAUAUCUCGAUGUCUGUAAAAGAUUGCUGUUUUUGGAGUCUUGAGGUCUUGUGAACUGAUUUCCUGAUUUCUUUCUUUACAUUUUUUUAAAUUUUAGUAAAAAUAUAUUUGUUAUAUUCCUUUUAGUGUAAGUUUCUAUUUGGACAAUUUUAUGGGAACAUGUGCAUUCUGUAUGUGAGCUUCUAUCAUAUUCCUGUUGUUUUAUGAGCAGACUCUUAAGGAAUUUAUUUUAUGAUGUUGUGAAGUUACUGCUUUUUCUUUCUCCUUUCUCUUUUAGUUCAUAUUUGCAUUUUCGUUCAAGGAUAUGCUUAGCAAUAAAAUGUUCUUCCCAAAACCUUG